AUGGAGAAAAUAUCUGAGCGGACAGUCAUCAUUGCGGGAGGAGGUAUAUCCGGCCUCUCCCUUGCCAAUAUGCUAGAGAAGGCCGGUAUACGCUACAUUUUGUUGGAAUCUCAUGACGAAAUCGCACCGCAAGUUGGCGCAAGUAUUGGUCUUCAAUCAAGCGGACUUCGAAUCCUCGAUCAGCUUGGUUGCGCCGAUGAUCUCAUGUCAUUGGUCGACAUUCCACUCAACAAUACCUACAUACGAUACCCCGAUGGUUCAGUGAUAAGGCAUCAUAUCAAUGUCCAAGAUCAUUUAAUUGAGAGACACGGCUAUCCCACUAUUUUUAUCGACAGGCAGAUGCUGAUGCAGGUUCUGUACGAUAAGCUCGAAUCAAAAGCCUCAGUACAUGCUGGCCAGAAAGUGGUUUCAGUUCUGGAGCUAGACAACGGCGUCCAAGUUACGACAGAUAAAGGCAAGGUUUUCAAAGGAGAUAUUCUCGUCGGAGCCGAUGGGAUCCACAGUACGGUCCGAAAAGAAAUGUGGCGCAUUGCGUCGCCGGGAUACUUUCCUGCUGACGAGUGGUCAAGAGUGCCGUGCUAUUACAAGUGCAUCUUUGGCAUCUCACGCCCCAUUAAAGAGCUCACGCAAGGCAGUCACUACAUCUACAACGACAAAUUCUCUUAUCUCGUUCUGUUCGGGCCUGGGGGCAAAUUCUACUGGUUCCUAUUUGUCAAACUGCCGGCUCCUCUAUAUGGCCGUGAUAUCCCGAGGUAUACCAAGGCCGACGAAGAGAAGUUGGCUCUACAGCAUGCAUCCGAUCAGAUCACUCCCGAAGUUACCUUUGGUCAACUAUAUGGAGCUAGAACUAGUUCUACCCUAACACCACUCCAUGAGUAUGUUUUCGAAAAAUGGCACUAUAACCGUAUCAUCACCAUCGGCGAUGCAGCUCAUAAGUUUGAGCCAUUGACCGGUCAAGGCGGUAACUGCGCAAUUGAGACUGCAGCGUCUCUUGUGAACCACCUUACUUCAGAUGAGGGCACGGACUGGAGCAAUGCACAAACCGAAGCUGCUUUUUCCGCCGUCCAAGAUGAACGUUUGCAGAGGGUCCAAUGGCUCGUCGACGACGCCCACAAGAUCCAGCAAAUACAUGCUAUGGCAACACCUCUCCUAGCGACUAUCGGUCCAAUCUUGGCUCGUCUUUCAAGCACACAAACUGUACUUGAACUAGGUGCACGCAAAGUCAUUGGUGCAACGCGAAUAAAUAGCAUUGCUAUACCUCGACGACAACAUACAGUCCCAUUCAACGAUGAGCUACCCUCUCAGCCUCUUUCUUGGAGCUGGCUUCCUGUUGGCCUAGGAGCAAUUAGCCAGGCAGCAAUAUUCCGGCUCGCGACACAGAUUCUUGGACCAUUGGAGAUCCCAGCUACUUUCGGCGGCGAGCCUCUGGUGAAGCAUUACACAGGGCUUGUUACCUUGGAUAAGAUCUUGUCACACUUGGUUGCUGUAUUUGGAGUUCCUCUUGCUUCGGAUAACGUGGCGGCGAACCUGCAGUGGAUUUCUUUCACGCCGCUGUUGUUGUCAACUACACUUGACUGGACUUUGGAGAGCUACCAAGUUGGUUCAAAGGGUCUCCUAACUUCCUUUUCGUCGAUCUUCAGCACCAUUUACCAAUUGAAGGCGGUCGGACGUAUCGCACCUCUAUAUCAUUUGAUUGCAGUAUGCGAGAGUGUCUUCAGGGGAUCUGUAGCCCCAACAACCAACCGUGCGAUCGACAAGGAAGUGGUGGAGGCUUUCGUGCCCGGCAUCACCCUAGGAUACAUUAUUCCCACUGCACUGAUGCUCUGGUCAUUUAAGAAUAAGGAAACUUGGCAGAAGGCCACUGCUCUUUGGCAGCCAUUCCCUGUUUACGUUGGUCUCAUUACUACUGGUCUAUCGACUUUCAUGCGCGGAAGGUGGGCCAGAGACACGCCUCGACCCUCGAAAGAGAUUUCAGGCCCCAGAAAGCGAAAGACCGAAACUCACUCCCUAUUGAGAUCUGUAUACAUGUUCGGAACCGCAGCCACAGCACUUGUCCAUAUAUACACUCUCUACCGCACAGCAUCGAGUCCAGACCUCAGCUUUUCUGGUGUUUUUGGCAGCAUCAGAUACAUAGUGUCUGGUGCAUCUCCAUCUGAUCCAUCAGACAAGAUUCACGCGUUCUUACAACGCGACAUGUUCUUAAAUGCGGUUUCUGUUCUUGCCAAUAGCUUCUACCGGACUCUUACUCUGCGCCGUUUAGGCUAUAUCACUAGCAAGGAAGCUUGGACGGCUUCUUUAGCAGCAUUAGUCGCGCAACCAGUACUUGGACCGGCUGCAACUCAUAUUGCGUUUCUUGGGUGGAGAGAGGAGAUGUUUAUGAGGAUCGAUAGAAGGAUCAAUAUAUAG